GGGGAGGGGUUUGGGGAAGUUUGGGAAGCGCCGACUUGUGAAUGGAGGAGACGGAGCAACAGGCAGCGCUGAGAGAUUAUGUGAAAGGCGAGGGACGUAGCAGCACCGGAUCGGAGCCGCCGGCCGGCCGGCGUCACGCCGUGUGAACGCGACCGUCCCGUCCCGUCCCGGAAUCGGCCUCGUCCUCGGCGCUUGCUGAGAAAUUGAAAACUUUCGGUUCUUCGCCUCGGAGACCGGAACAAUGAGUGUGCCCCCUCUCACUCUCACAGGAGCAAUGAGAGUACCCCCUCCCUCGCCCCCCCUCUCUCCAUCCCUGCUGGAAAUCAAGGAGGAGACCCGGUUGGUUCUGGAGGCCUUUCUGCGGCGGUCCGUUGCCUUGCCAACCUCUGCUCAGCCAGGGCGGGUGGGAGGUUCCUACAGGGACCCCUACAGAUUCAGGGCCAAGAGUUCGGCUCCGGAGAGCGAUGCGCCGUUGGAGGGCAGCUGGAGUUCUCUCCAUGAGCAGAUCGCCCAGGCGGAGGAGAAGAAGCAUGGCUUCAAGACACUCAUCAAGAAGCGCCUGAGGCGCCGCCCCUCGGGCCCCCACAGCCAAUCGCAGCGCGGUGCUGGCCCCUCCCCCCCUGGGCCCCGCAAAUCAAACAGCCUUGGCCCUUCUGGGCACAGCCAAUCGCUACGCCUGCAGGAGAAGGGGGAGGGCCCUGGCCUGCUGGCCUGCGUCGGGGGCGGGGCCUCAGACGAGGAGACUGACGCAGAGAGGCAGGACAGGAGGAAGAAGCCCAAGUCGCCCUUCCUCAGCCUCUUCCGCAGGAAGUCCAAGGACCAAGUGAAGUUGCCGAUAAGAGCUCAGGGGGAGGAGCUUGGCGGCAAGACCCAGCCCCCCGGACGCCCUAAUUGGCUACCCUUAACACCGAAGGCGGAGCCUGUGGACCAGCCCAGGUCACCCACUCACGAUCCAGACUUCUACAGGGAGGUGGCCGAGACUCUGGAGCGCAUCGCCCAGAAACGCAGCUUGCCCAGGCCGUCCAAGCCGAGCCCGGCCCGCGAGGACUCUGAGAAAGAGCUCAUAGUCCAGCAGCUGGUCAAUAUCCUGUCCAUGCAGGGAGACGCUAUCAAUCAAAAGAUUAACUCGGACCCUUUCCUGCGCUCAAGCCUGUCCCGCCUGUCCUACGGCUCCUUCUCCACGCUGGUGGAGACCUUCACCACGCAGACCGAGGCCCUGCCCCCUGCGCCCGCCAGCCCCACCCUCUCCCGCAUCGCCGUGACGAUGGAGGUGUCCCGCCGGGUCGCCACAGCAACCGGGGUCCAGAGGGUUGUGGGAUACACAGAGAAGUACAUGGAGAAAUUUGUGCCCUGGAUACAGAGGAAUGGAGGAUGGGAGAAGAUUGUCCAGUGCGGAGACCUCUCUGACCGUCAGCUGGACUGAAGGCCAGCAGCUUCUGGCUCCGAGCUGAGAGCAGGAGAGGAGCUGUCCAGAGACGCUCACUGUUCCCCUGUUUAUCGCUCAGAACACCAGCCACGGGUUUACAGUGCUGGACGCAGGUCUGGACACC